UCGAUGUAAUAAAUGUAUUUAGAAAAUUACAGGCGAUAGCAACCGUAAUUCAAAGUACAGAAAAUAUUUCUUCUUCUGCCUAACACAGUCGGAGCAUGACGGUGAUUAAACCAAACGCACCGUAACUAGCAUGGGGUAGUGCAUCAACUACUGUAGUUCCAUUUUCUACCAUUCAGUUUGAGUCCCAAACAAUGCGGCAGUACAGGUUAAUUUGACAUUUUCAGUUGGGGUUAUGCGGUGUCAAAAUCCGUACAAAGUAGUCUUCGGCCCGAGCGAAACUUUAUUUACAAAGCAUGUCUUCGAGAAAGCGUAAACAGUGGUCUAGGGAUUUAAAGUGUGUCUUCUUCCCGGAUGAUAUUGAAUGCGGUGUGAGAGGAGUGAGAAAACAAUCCGCACUUUCGUCAUCGUCUUCAGCCAGGAGCUGGGAAAAAUGCGGUGAGAGUUUUUUGGACUCUCCGCUCAUAAAGGAUGUGAAGACCUCUGGAAGAAAACUGUCUGUAGUAAGAAAGUUGGCGCAUUCACCAGUUUCAGACAAUCGCAAUGAGGACACGGUGGACAUUGCGUGGAGCUCCUCCAGCGACAGUGGACAGUCAGACGACGAUGACGACCCCCAACAGCGACGUCCCCAGCCUCAGCUCGCAAGGAGACCUCCGGCCACCUCUCUGUCGCUCCCAAUAGCACCGCACACACUCAGUACUGAUGAAGACAACCUGGCUGUCACAGAAACAGACGAGUCAGAGCAGGACGUGGAAAAAGACAGCGGCCAGCAAAUCUCCGACUACGAGUCGCCGUUCCUCGAUGAAGAAACCGAAGACCUCCCAGCUAAGCCUACGGAUUUGGAAAUCUCUGGCUAUGCUUCUGACGGUGACACACUGACCACCAGCAGACUAGACGCAGAGAGCCUUCUAGCAGGCAGUGGCGAGGGCAACAAAAGGUCUGUCAGCUACUGGGUCCGAUAUGCUCACGCCAUGCUUCAGACGCCCCAGAAGCCAUUUGACAGGCAGUCCAAGACCCCCGAAGACUCGGCCAAAAAGAAAAGGAAGUUUCAAAGCGGAGGUCUUGCGGAGAGGCUGAAUCGACUUCACAGCAGGCAGAGGUCAGCUGUGAGCUUCUGGAGGCACUGCUCCACCACGGACAACUGGACAGAAACUGAAGCGGACAGGCCCGGCGUGCUGGUGCUGGAGGUGCUGGAGGUUCAGGAGGAGUGCAGCGCACAACUCGUGCGCUGCCAGCACCACCCGUCGCCCGGUCCCGCCAACUCCCUCCCUGAAGAAAGCACUCAUGUGAUGGUGUUGCUCUCCAGGGCGACUGCAGCCCAGCUCAGCCCGGCGCCUGCGGACAUCAUCCACAUAUUCCCACCAUGGCAAAGUCUCUCCAUGGAGAGCUUAGGCUGUGAUAUUAUUCUUAACACACACUUCAGCCGGAAAAUCAGCCCCGCAUUCGAAGCGGCCUGUACGCCGCCGAGAGACCUGUUCGCGGCAAAACGGCUUGUACCUUACCCCCUGUGUCAGACGUUUGGAACGCUGGAGAUUUGCAGGGAUGCUGAGGAAAGUGAUACUGCACAGGUAGCUGCCUGUGAUGCUUCUAUUUGGAGGGUAGCGAGCUCUGCUGUUCUGGCAAGGCAAUGUCAUUCUCUCCUGGAAGUUAUUGAGGGCCUGAGCCAGGCUGGUUCAUUCGACCAGGAUGUGGUGGUGGUGGUCCAAAGGGUCUACUCCAUCCCUGUGCCUACUGCAUCCAUCGCUAAUGGCAGACUGCCUCCCAGGUCCUCCUACACUCCUCCUCCAGAGGAAGGCAAGCGCAGGCUUUGUGUGCUGGUCCAGGACAGCUUUGGGAUGUUCAGCGUGGUGCAGCUGCACCUGCUGGCCUGCCGGGAUGACUUUCGCCAGUACUGCCGGGCGUGGCGCGGGCUGACCUGCGUGCUCCGAGGCCUUAAAGUGGUGCAGCGUGUCACCCGAGAAAGGCGCUCCAGUCUUUUCAGCUUGAUAGACAGUCUGUGGCCCCCACUGAAGCCCUCCCUCGAGUGCCAUGGGAACGCACCAAGCAUGCCCAGUAGCCGUCCUCCGAGCUUCUGCUACCUGCUGUCAGGUCAGGAGAACUCCGUUGAACCCGUGCAAGAAGGUCCGAGCGUUUCCCCGCUGUACCUUCCGUCCACAGAGCAAACGUUGCGAGACGUACUGCAGAGUGACCACAAAACAGAUUGCUGUAGUUUUAGUGCCACUGUUAUUUGCAAGAGAAUACAGAGGAGCGAUAUAGGUCAAGGUGAGGUUUGGCUGGUGCUGACAGACCAGAGCCUGCAGGACGGCUCGCCUGACAGGCCCUGCAGGCGAACGGUGGCAAUGCAUGUGAAUAACUCCUGUGCGCUCACUUCCUGCGUCCUAAAAGUACUGAAUGACCCCGCUGUGUGCCACUUGUCAUUCACAGAUGCCAUCAAGAAAAACGGUGUCCUGUUGUGCAUGGAACAUUCCAUCAUUGAAGUUGCGGACUCCGCAGUCUCUCGCUUGGCGCACGAGCCCCCGGCCCGACCUGCAAGACUGGAUCCACUCGAUGAAGAGGUCACACCCAACUCGCUGUGCACUCUCACAGGUGUGAUUGUUGGUGUGGAUGAGAGCACGUCUUACUCUUGGCCCGUGUGCAGCCGCUGUGGAAGCCCCAAAUUAGAACUAAUACCGCCGUCACGUUUGAGUUUCAACUGUGUCUCAUGCAAGUCAACGGUGGACAAGCCAAUCACCAAAGUGCAAAUGGAAGUCUUCCUGAGCUCUGCUUCUUUACAAAAUUGCACGGUAAAGGUUAAGCUGCAGCAAAAUACAAUCAUGUCCCUUCUUGACAUGGACGUGCUGGAGCGUACAACGGCGUGUCCGGAGUACGAGGUGUCCAGCGUGCUGGGGAAAGAAGUGGGGCCCCUCACGCUUUACGUCCGCGUGGUCACCAGGAGACCUUUGCUGUGGAUCAGCUUGGAAGAAAUCAACCUCUGAGGUUUUUUUUUUUGUUUUUGGGGUGGGGGGGUUUUAGUUUGGCCCCUUUUGGAGGCCUCUCGGUGACUGCAUGAGGCGAGCACGCUGCAGCAGGAAGACGAGGUGGUGUUUGUGUGGCGGUUGACAGGCCCAGUGUGGACCAAUGGCGGACGUCCUGUCAAACCCGCCCACGUGCUCGAUUGAGCACUUUUUCAUUGCGUUUCACUUGGCCCGCGUUUAUUUAAAAAAAAAUAUAAUAAUAUUUGAAAAAUAAAGUUGUGUUACUACUGAUAUUUCACUAGAACACAGACCAGUGUGCACCUUUACAGCUUGUUUUAUUAUUAUAGCAUCCAUAAACAAAAUGAUUCAUACAAACUAUAGUAAAAAGAUCAUGCUCUGGCUCUUAUACAAAGUCUGGAAUUAUAAAACAUUUACCAUGGCAGGUAUGCAUAACAUCAUGUAAAUGCAGUGGUAAAAUAAUUUAAUACAAAGAGACAACAAUAAAUCCCACAAAAAAAUAUGGCAACGUCAUCAUCAUAUAUUUUUCCAGUGCCAUUAUGGUAAGCUUAAAAUACAUCUGGUACAGAUGGUAAAGAACAAAAUGUCUCUGAGGUAUGUCUUCCAAAAAAAAAAAAAACGUUUGUUCUAAAAGGAAGGGGUGGAGGAGUCACUUGGUCACCGACCCUCCGCGAGGGCGCUCCCCGCAAAGGAGGCUCCGGGCAUCUGCUUGAAGAACUCUCGGAGGCCGCCGAGCUCCCGGGUGAGCUGCUCGAUGGUUUUGUGCAGUCUGUCGUUCUCGGAGCUCAGCUCGAUCAGCUUCUGCUGCAUCUCAAAGUUGCGCAUCUUGGCCUUGUCCCUGCUUUUCCGCACGGCGAUGUUAUUCCUCUCCCGCCGCUGUCGGUACUCCACGCUGAACCUGUCCACCGCCUUCUUCGACUUCUCGCGGCCGGACUUGCGCGGCGAACCCUUGGCCGAGACGGGCUCCGGCGUGGUGGGCGGCGUGGGCUGCCCCGUGGGGAGGCUGACGGAGGUCUGCGCGCAGGUUUCGAUCUGACACGGCAGCGACGACGACAUGUCGCUGUCGCUCCAGUCGGACUCCUGCUUGAUGGGCGCCCCGAACGGACCCUUGUCCGGCACCGCCGAGUCCGAUCUCCGCUCCCCGGCGUAGGGGGCCGCGCAGACCGGCGGCGCCGACGCCUGCGC